CAGCCCAUUCCAGACCCUACCACCAGCCUCGUCCACAGCAGAGCCUAGCCAUGAAGCCUCUCCUCAUUGUGUUUGUCUUUCUCAUCUUCUGGGACCCAGCACUGGCAGGCUUGAAUCCACUAUCAUCAGAAAUACACCAGAAAUGCUAUGGAAAUGGCACCUGCAGACUCGAGUGCUAUACAAGUGAAAUGUUAGUUGCCUACUGUAUGUUUCAGCUGGAGUGCUGUGUCAAAGGAAACCCUGACCCCUGACAUGAGAAGCCAGUGAAUGUCAAGUACCUUGAAAACCCUGACCAUCUUUCACAUGGCCAAGGAAUUUAUACUAAAUGGUGGCACUGUGAUGUGCCCACACCUGUUAAACUUUAGCAUUUUUAUAAGCCUUCAGAUUCUUAGGAUUUUGGAUUUUUAAAGCUGGCCUGCAGCUUUCCUAAAAGUAGCUAAGCUUCUCAAGAAAUCAACUUAGAAUACAUUUUCCCAAUUCAAAGUGAUAUCUGGGCUCUCCUCAGUGCCUAUUUAUCUCUUUACUCGUAGAUAGGAUGUCUUGAUUAUUCAAAGAGACUUCAAAUUAUAAA